AGCUCUGGGAGCAGUAGUGGUGGGAGGGUCAAGGCAGGUGGUGCGAAGGACGAACGAAGAGUUAUCACUGCCAUAUUCGAGCCUGCGCUCGAAGAGACGAGCCAGGAGGAACACGCGUUAGAUGAAGACGUGAAGAUUGAAGACCUUGCCAAUGGGGAUGACGAUGACGACGGCAAUGCGAAGGUCCAGGAGAUGGUGCAAGAGGUCAAAGAAACCAGGGACCUAUUGGAGGAAUUCAGACGUCGAUUGGAGGAGGUGGAAAGCAAGGUGCGGGAGAUGGAAGAAAGAGAGGCAACGAGAGACGCAGAGUUGGUGACCCUGAGAGAGCUUGAGACCCGACGGAAGAUCGAGACAGCACAGAGAGAAGCGAACAGUGUCGUUGCAGAAGUCGAGAGAGCGGAGCGCGAAGCGCAACUGGAUCUAGAGCUCGCGCGGCUUCGCGAGGUCGAGAAACGGGCCCAGGAGCUCGAAGCAUUGGCUGCAUCCCCCUCCCCGUUGGCCACCGCCUAUUUACCCGAAAUACGACCUGAGCCUCAAUCUUUCCCCGCAGAAUCAGCGAAACCUGUCCCUGGCCCUGCUGCGGUGCUCUCUCGCGUCGUCUCGCGUGUACACAAGCGACGUCGCCCUCAACCUGACACGACCUCGUCUGCGGCUGAUAUUUUUGAACCCGACUCGUUCUCUGCGUUACCUUCGUAUGUGCUGUUCGUUGGAUUAGGUGUAUGUGCUGUCGUCCUGCGGGUCGUGCUGAAGCGUACGGCUGGCCGACAGCUCAGGUCUUGACAGUUGGCUUUCUUUUGGGCUCGCUGGCCGGUCUCGCUGUUAUGGGUUCUCCAAGCCUUUUCAAGCUUUGAAACGGUCUUUCUCUUGAUCUCGGUCUUUGUCUUCAUUCGCAGCUUCUCUUCGUCGGGCGUUUGGACUUCAACUCCACCUAUUUGAUUUUUUUUUUCACCUUGAUUGCGACACCCAAGCCUAACACUCAUUUCCUUGCCGGUCGACCUCUGCUUAUGUUGAAUAAUCUAUCUUUUCGCUCUCAACUAAAUAUCCAUAUAUACUGUGUUAAACUCGAUUUUCACGAUACGAUGACCUUAUGACCAUUCACGUCCACUUACGCUUUUUGUUCGGAUACCUCGUUGUGACUCUCUGUUUAUUCCCUCAUUUUUUGUCUAUUUUGUUAUCUUGCUCUGUGCGUGAACAAUCAACCCUCUCGUUGACUUCC